AUGCAUCGUCCGUUCUUCUUGGAGCCAAAAUUCUCGACGCCAUUUUACUCCUCUGCAAUGGCUAAAGGGGUUUGUCUUGGAGCUGCGAGAGAGACAAUCUCACUUGUGGACAAGAUCUUGGCUACAGAUCAUUUGGAAGCCAAUCAAUGGUCGCCAUUUUACCACCGUGUAAUGGCGGCCACACUCGUUGUGCUGAUCAGUCUGUCUGAUGAAACUUUCGAGGAGAAUGCCAGCUUGUUAGAAUUUUGUUCGAGAAGUCUGGAUACUCUACGGCGUAUGGAACCUAGCUGUCCAAAGAAAGGGAUUUCUCUUAUUGAAACCUUACUGGCUCAGCAGCAGAUCAAGAUUCAAGAUGCAAGAAAUCCUAACAAGGUUUGA